UAAUAGCCUAGUGUCCUCCAAAGCUGCCUUACUUACAAGUCUUCCUGUCUGAGCUGUUUAGAGCGACAGCCAGCAACAACAGCUGCCGCAGUGCUCAGAACAGGCACAAGCCUGCUAAGGAUUAACUGACUGGUGACACCGCAGUCUAUAGCCAGGCUGCCAAGGACAUGGCAAAAGGAUCCCAUUUGUCUUCCAGACCCAGCAUCCCGCCAAUAGAUACAGGGAAAAGAAUUAUAUUUACAGGUCCAGAUGGUACCGGUGAUUACCAGACAAGGCUUCCAGAUCAUACUCGAUAUGUAGGAACAACAACUUCACCAGUGGAAGGCACUAGUGAUACUGCAUACCUGUGGAGACCUGCACCAUAUAAUCUUCCCCCAUGGUGCCACAGACAUUGCUUUGUAGGAGAAAUUGGCUGGGGAGUGUAUGGUUAUUUUCACCAAAGAUGCCGUUCUUGGACCAGGCUGACAAUGCCUGAACGAUCUCCUCCACCUGAAGAAUAUGAAAUGAUUAAUAAAUUCAGGAAUCCCAGGUGGAAAAUACAUCUUCCUCCUGAUCCACAGUACUUGAGUUGGGUAAGCUUCCCAAACUAUCAUCCUUCUGUGCCAUUCAUGGCUAGGUCAGAAAGGUCAUCUUGUCAAGUGAAGAGCUAAAACUGAAGAUGCUUGAAAGAAAAAGAAACAGUCUUUAAUAUGUAUCAAGACCAAUGGCACAUUCCUUUUUAAGUUGUCCUUUACUAUGCACAAAAACAAAACAAAAACAACUGUGGAAAAUGAAACAGGUUGGGGGGCAGUUCUGAUGUAAUGAUGUGACUGAGUUCUAAAGAGCUGUAGCAUACCAGGA